AUGCAGUGGUUCGUCCUGCAGAAGAAGGCGCACUUCCCGUGUGCGCAGAAGGAAGAGUUUGUGUCUCAGUUCAUCUGCCCGUUCCCGUUCACAGAUGAAGAGACUCCUUUUCCUAUCAGCCCCGGCGCUGACGCAGCUCUGCGUCAAUUCCUCAAGCUGCUGCUGUCUCAGAUCCAGGGCUGUGCUGUGUUUGAGGGACCGGAGGACUGCAAGAACCUGGCCCUGGACGCACAGGCACUGAAGGAGGACAUGUACUAUGAUGUGGGUGUGGUCCUAGCUCUGGCGUUGGUGAACGGCGCCCCCUGUCUGCGAUUCUUCUCUCCUGCUCUGUUCCAGCUGCUCUUCAACUUCCCCCAGAAACAGGCUCUGACCGCGGGACACCUCACGCCAGGGUCCCCCCUGACCACCACAGUGCAGAGGAUCGAAGCCGCUGGCUCCGUCUCCGAGCUCCAGGACGUUCUCACUUCCUGCUCUGAUCACCUGACUCUGUCUGGCUGCAACCGACCAAUCAGCAGCCUUUGUGAGAGGGCGGGGCUUGUAGAUGACCUCAUUGCCUUCAGCAUGAUCACCAGGAUGCAGCUUCCUUUGCAGAGGUUCCGUGAGGGUCUGCAGACUUUGGGCGUCUUUGAAAAGGUUCAGCUCUAUCCGUCCGUGUUCUUGCCGCUCUUCACCUCCGGCGCAGAGGGGACCACAGCGGCCUCCUCUCUCCAGGAUUCUGCUCAUGAAGCUGAGCAUCGGGAGCCACUGACCCCCCUCCGGUUGGCUCCCUCUGCUGCCCGGAGACUCACACUGAAGUCUGCCUAA